CAGCGCAUAGUGCACCUACGACAAUGGCCGAGGCAGAGACCAAGGUUCCGCUCCCAACAAGUGGGCUGGGAUACGCCAGCUCCAGCGCCGCGCCACCCAGCUCGGCUUCGGCAUCGACCAAGACGCGCGGGCCAGACGACCUCGAGAUCCGGCUCGAGUUUGGCGGAGGACUGCACCUCAUCUUCUCCCAGCAGCCCAAGCACACGAUCUACGUGCCCAAGACUGUCCCCGGUGCCGAGCCACGACCAGCCGACAUCCGCUACCUCAUCGCGUGGAUGAAGGAGCACCUCGUGACGGAGCGAGAGGAAAUGUUUAUCGACGGGGACGGCGUUCGCCCGGGUAUCCUGGUGCUCAUCAACGACGCCGACUGGGAGCUCGAGGACGAGCUCGAGUACCAGCUCAAGGACCGCGACGAGAUCGUGUUCAUCUCGACGCUACACGGCGGAUAGAGUGGUGUUAGGUUCGCCCGCCUGCAUCUACGCACUUGGCAUGUCCCAUAUCAUGUUCAUUUAUACCCUCACUACAUACCGAUGUCAUUGUUGUUCAGCACAGGAGAGGGGGUUGAAGGUGGAGGUGAAGGUUUGGGAGUCGACACACAGAAGACCUGACAGGCCAUCUUGCCUGCAAUCUGCCACUG